CUGGACAUAGCGCGUUUAGUACGCAAGCUAAUACUACACCUGACAAAGGAAACACACCUGCAGCAUUUGGCGAGAUGCUGCAUAUCGAACCUCGCGGCGGCCCGGCACACACAGUCGGCCCAGGACCCGAUGCGUCAGACGAUACGCAUACAGCGGACUAUACGCAGGUAGUGGACCCUGCUGCUCCCAGGUACACAGCGCGCGCCUUGUCCGUGACACUACAGAGCGAGGCAGGAAUCACCCAGAACCAGAAACUCGGGACUACCGGCGAUAACCACGUUACCAACUCUCACCGACCGGAUAAUGAGGUCUCCUUGCGGCGCCCGGCGGACAGUGGGUCGAGUGCCCCAGGAGUGGGAUUCGUGGCCACCCCUGGAUCGCAAGUGAGCGACAUGCGGCUGCGAUACCCGGUUCUUGAGCCUCUACUCCCGCAUCUUACCAAUGUUCUCGACCAUAAACUGGCCUGCGACCUCUUGGAACUCUAUUUCGAAACGCAGCCAGCGGCCCCGAUGCAGCCCUUGUCACCGUUUGUUCUGAGCUCUAUACUCCGAAAGCCGUCGUUUCUGCAAGAUAUUCCGCCCCGUCAGUGCAAACCGAUUCUUCUGGCAAGCAUGCUGUUGGUUGCCGCUGAAACCGUCAAGUCGCGUUCUAUUAUACGCCUUCGGCAGGAAUGCAACUCCUUAGUUUGCAUAAGACUGAGGGUGUUGACCCAAUCCUUCAUCACCACCCUUUCUGACGGUACCCUGGACGAUGUAAUCGCUUACAUCCACUUGGCUACUGUGGAUCAUGAUGUUAACCCAGAGAUGAGCAAUGACUCGUGGAGGAUGGCCGAUGACCUAGCGCGGCACCUCGAACUCGAACGCGAACUUGAAUCCUCGGUUCUAACGGAAGAGCGCGAGGAAGGGCGGCGCGUCUGGUGGCUCCUCUACAUGGUUAAUACAUGUCUCGCGCUUUUUGGGGAUCAACAACGUUGGCACUUCGUCACCGACCUUUUUCAGCCUACAGACGAGGCAGACUACCAGUCUAGCGUUCUCCGGCAUCCUCAAAUCAGAGGAAUAUCGUUCCAAUACACCGGACAUGAUAUUUACGGGUUCCUCCUGCCGCUCACGGCUAUUCUCGGCGACAUAUUGGACCUCCGAUCGACUGGGCGACGCGAUCCUAUUAGCAAGUCUAUCGACGAUCAAACGAGGAGCAUCACUAUUCGCCUGGAUGAGUAUGAGGAGAGUGUAAAAGCCAAUGCGCGCGACGUUAUAGUCAGGACGGAAAGACAAUCUUCGCUUGCUGUCAAAUACGGCACGUACAUGGUAUACGUAUUACGGAUACUGCUGAUUGAUGAAAAGUUGGAUGCCGACCGUCUUCUUACGCAGGGCGGCUACGCGGUCAAGGCCCUCGAGGACAUCCUCGAGGAGGAUCGCCGGCUGGAGUUCAUGCCAUUCUUCUUUGGCAUAUUUCUUUCCCGAGGCUCGUGGCCACUCGUCCUAUUGGCCUCCAAUCAUCAGUCCAAAAUGCCGCCGAAGCUCCCCGAGUUGUGCGAGGUGUUACUCCGCGCGCACGAGGCUUGUAUAGCCACAAUGGGCGCCCAGUGCCAGCGUCACUUACGUGAAGUUUUAUGCACCAUUGACCUCCGGCACCGUGGAACUCACGUCACCGACGGCGAGUUGCAGCAAUGGAGGGAAAUAGUGGAGAGUCUACACCGCCGGGUUUCCGUUUGAGAUGGAUUUUCUCGGUUAACGCCGGACGUAAACUGCUAUAGUUCGUCAAUAUUCCAAAUACAAACU